ACUCCUAACCCACCCUCCGCCAUCUUAACAUUUGGCACUCCCCACAGUAAUAGAGUGCCGCAAAGCCUCUAGCGACCUUCUUGAUUGAGGGCAGAAUCUUGGGUGACGUUGCUGACGCUGUGCCCGGCAUUCUCCUAGACCCACGUGGAAUCCGCGCUCAGAAUGUUGCGUCGUGAGGCACGCCUUCGCCGGGAGUACCUGUACCGCAAGGCCCGAGAGGAGUCGCAGCAAGCUGCCCAGGACCGGAAGGAGAAGGUUCGGCGCGCCCUGGAAGAGAACUGCCUGAUUCCCACCGAAUUACGCAGGGAGGCUCUGGCCUUACAGGGUUCCUUGGAGUUUGAUGACGCCGGCGGUGAAGGUGUGACCAACCAUGUGGAUGAUGAAUAUCGAUGGGCAGGGGUUGAAGAUCCUAAGGUCAUGAUCACUACCUCCCGAGACCCCAGUUCCCGCCUCAAGAUGUUUGCAAAGGAGCUGAAGUUGGUAUUCCCAGGCGCCCAACGCAUGAACCGUGGCCGGCAUGAGGUAGGGGCACUGGUGCGAGCCUGCAAAGCCAAUGGUGUCACUGACCUGCUGGUUGUCCAUGAGCAUCGAGGCACACCUGUGGGGCUCAUUGUCAGCCACCUGCCCUUCGGCCCCACUGCUUACUUCACACUGUGCAAUGUGGUCAUGCGCCAUGACAUUCCUGACCUGGGCACCGUGUCCGAGGCCAAGCCUCACCUCAUCAUGCAUGGCUUCUCCUCCCAACUAGGCAAGCGGGUCUCUGACAUACUCCGUUACCUGUUCCCCGUGCCCAAGGAUGACAGCCACCGUGUCAUCACCUUCGCAAACCAAGAUGACUAUAUCUCCUUCCGGCACCACGUAUAUAGGAAGACCAACCACCGCACUGUGGAGCUGACAGAGGUUGGACCUCGCUUUGAACUGAAGUUGUACAUGAUCCGCCUGGGCACGCUGGAACAGGAGGCCACAGCAGAUGUGGAGUGGCGCUGGCACCCAUACACCAACACCGCACGCAAGAGGGUCUUUCUAAGUGCUGAGUGAACCCACUUGCUGGUCAGGACGUGGACCUGGACCCAGGACUUGGGGAGGGGUCAGAAUAAAGUCUGUGUGCCACACCA